AUGUUGCGUUCUACUGCUAAAACAGGCACUACUGAGUGUCUACAUUUUAGGUUUUCUAGACGUACAUUAUCAUUUGGGCCCGAGGAGUUUUGUAUUGUGUCCGGACUUUACAUGGGCCGGUGUCCUAGAUCAAUGAUCGAAUUUUCAACAAUGUAUAAACAUGGAUACGAAGAAGAAAAAAAGAAUGUUGUUGCUAGCGACAUUGUGUAUGCGGAAAAUCAUAUACCCGAGCCUCCUAUUGCAAAACCAAGUUUUCCGGUUAGGCUACUGAAACCUUCUCAAUAUGUUAGCUCUCCAUACGUUUCGGUUCAAAAUGCCCCCCGAUAUUGUAUAGGUGGGGUAAUACGCAACGAACCACCACCCCCUGUAUCUGUCAGCGAUCCCCCGACACUUUUAUUGGAGUCGUAUGUGAUGCCAGGUUGUAACGUCCCUUCUCUAUACAUGGGAAACAAAUCGGUUGUUCUUAUGAAACAUAGGUUUUACAAUGAAAAAAUGGAAGCAAAGCUUUAG